UGUGACACUUGUGAUACCGACGUGCAAAGAACACAGCACGAAUCUGUCUGUCACCAUUUAGUACAUACUGCUUGGGAGAGAAGAAGGGGAGGGAGUUUAGUGGCUGACAAGCAAAAGAACAGGAAAAAACGAGGAUUACUGAGACGUACUGCAACCAGACUCUGGAAAUAGUUGUUUUCAAAGGGUUAUAAUUAGAGAAAAGACACACCGAGAAUAAGACAAGCUUUUUUGAACUGACAAGCAGAGAAACCAGAGUAGAAGACAACCAGCAACUUGAAAGCAAGUCCGACAAGGUUGACAGAGUUACAGGUGGAGGAGUGCUACGCUUGCCCCCGACAGUCAACUCCUCAACCUCAGUCUCGUCACCACCUCGAUGGGGAAUAUGUUGGCUGUGGAUCCCAGGGAUGUCGUGGUGCCAAAAUUAGCCGAUCUAUUACACCGAGACCCCUAUUUAAAUCCCCACGAGAGGGAGAUAAGGAGGAGAUAUGGAUGCUUUGAAGGAUUGUUGAAGCAGAUAAAUGCAGAAGAAGAUGGACUUGAAAAAUUUUCUCGAGGCUAUGAGAAGUUUGGUCUUCAUGUCAACCCAGACAACAGCAUCACUUGCCAUGAGUGGGCUCCUCUGGCUCAGGGACUCUUCUUGAAGGGAGACUUUAAUGACUGGAAUAAACUUUCCCACCCCUUCAAGAAGUUGGAGUAUGGAAAAUGGGAGAUACACAUUCCAGCAUCUCCAGAUGGCUCCUGUCCCAUCAAGCACAUGUCUCGAGUCAAGAUCGGUGUGUUGACAUCCAAAGAUGAGGUUGGUGUUUUGACUCCCAAAGACACCAUGGAGGACAGAUUGUGUCCCUGGGCCACUUAUGUGGUCCAGCCCCCCAAGCAUGAAGGGACAGCAUACCAACACCACUUCUGGAAUCCUCCACCAAAUGAGAGAUAUACCUUCAAGCACCCUCGCCCUUGCAAGCCAGCAAGCCUGAAGGUAUACGAGUGCCAUGUUGGUAUAGCAACUGAGGAGCACAGAGUUGGUACUUACAAAGAAUUUACUGCUAAUGUUCUUCCAAGAAUACUCAAAUUAGGUUAUAAUGCAGUUCAGAUAAUGGCCAUCAUGGAGCAUGCAUAUUAUGCUAGUUUUGGAUAUCAAGUCACUAGUUUCUUUGCUGCAUCAAGUCGAUAUGGUACACCUGAGGAACUAAAAGAACUUGUUGACACUGCCCACUCAAUGGGCCUGUUUGUCCUCCUGGAUGUUGUCCACUCUCAUGCCUCCAAGAAUGUGAUGGAUGGCCUCAAUGAAUUUGAUGGUUCAGAUUCUUGCUACUUCCAUGGAGGAUCUAGAGGAGUUCAUCCCCUGUGGGAUUCCAGGCUCUUCAAUUACUCCAGCCGAGAGGUGCUGCGGUUCCUGUUGUCAAAUUUACGGUGGUACCUGGAGGAAUACAAAUUUGAUGGCUUCAGGUUUGAUGGUGUCACUUCUAUGUUGUACCACUCCCAUGGGGUUGGGGAAGGAUUCAGUGGCAGUUAUAAUGAAUACUUUGGCCUCAAUGUUGACACAGAAUCUUUGGUAUACCUGAUGAUGGCCAACCACAUGCUUCAUGAGUUGCAUCCAGAGACCAUCACCAUUGCUGAGGAUGUUUCUGGAAUGCCUGCAUUGUGCCGUCCUGUAGAGGAAGGUGGUGGAGGAUUUGACUACCGUCUUGGCAUGGCAAUUCCAGACAUGUGGAUCAAACUCCUGAAGGAAAAGUCUGAUGAUGACUGGGACAUGGGGAACAUCUGCCACAUCUUGGAGAACAGACGCUACCAGGAGAAGACUAUUGCAUAUGCUGAAUCCCAUGAUCAGGCACUAGUUGGAGACAAAACUCUUGCUUUCUGGCUGAUGGACAAGGAGAUGUACACUAAUAUGUCAAAGAUGUCUCCUCCAUCACUCAUUAUUGAUCGUGGUAUUGCCUUGCACAAAAUGUUACGACUCAUCACCCAUGGCCUGGGUGGGGAAGGUUACCUCAACUUUAUGGGUAAUGAAUUUGGGCACCCUGAAUGGCUUGAUUUCCCUCGGGUGGGUAAUCAAGAGAGCUACCACUAUGCUCGUAGGCAGUGGAGUGUGGUGGACAAUGACCUUCUGAAAUAUGGCUACUUGAAUAAGUUUGAUGCUGCAAUGAAUAAAACAGAAAGUGCUUAUGGCUGGCUCAGUGCCGAUCCUGGAUAUACAAGUACCAGGGAUGAGGGAGACAAAAUAAUUGUCUUUGAACGAGCAGGUUGUGUCUUCGUAUUCAAUUUCCAUCCCAGCAAGAGUUACUCUGAUUAUAAGAUUGGUGUGGGUGCCAGUGGGAAGUACAAGAUUAUUUUGGACACUGAUGCUGAGGAGUUUGGGGGCCAUAAACUAAUUGACCACAACACAGAGUUUCACACCGAGAAUGAAAGUUUCAAGAAUCGGCCUUGCAGUCUGAUGGUCUACAUUCCAAGUCGAGUCGCCAUUGUCUUAGCAAAGUGUGAUUGAUGUUUCCGCAGCAGUAAGUCCCACAGCCUGAAUAUUGGUGACUCACCAUGACAAGCAUGGAUGACUGUCAUCACCAUAUGUGCACCAAGAUCAUGUAAAGUGCAUGUCAGUAGUAAUGGACUUUUGUAGUCAUGCAUUUUGUUCCAAAGUUUUGAAAAAUUGCAGUAAGCUUUUUAAGAUACAGUAGUAUUUUUUUUAUCAUAAAUAUAUAUAUAUAUAUAUAUAUAUAUAUAUAUAUAUAUAUAUAUAUAUAUAUAUAUAUAUAUAUAUAUAUAUAUAUAUAUAUAUAUAUAUAAUUUUCAUUUAAUUUAGAAAUUAUAUUUUAUACAAUAUCAAAUGAGAAUCAAGCAAUGUUUGAAGAGUAGUAGCAGUACCUUAUUCACUUUAUAAUUUAUGCAUCUUUAUUUAUUUCAAAUUGUGAUAUUAGGUUUGAGGAUCCUUCUUAUCAUUUCAAAUGUACAUUGUGUGAUAUAAACCUUGUGCUUUCUUUUCAAAGACUGCUGAAAAUUCUUGUUUAGGGACUGGUAAUUGACAUUGACCAUGAAUUUAAAUGUUCUUGAACACAGUAGUCUGGUUUCUCUGCACUGUUGCAGUAAUGGUUGUGUUUUGGGCUCUUGGGAGAAAGGAUUGUGUGGCAUAUUGGGCAUUUAUUGUGGUGGAUGAGGCAUAAGAGAUGAAACUGUCUUAUGAUACUCAUGUUUGACAGGAAUGGAAGUAGAUCUAGAUCAGGGUAUCAGUUAGUAGUUGUUUACCUGCCAUUAAUGGGACCUACCACUUUAUAUCUUUUUUUAUGUUAAGUUAAACAUUUAUUUCAGGGCAUUCCACAGUGUUCUCGUACUAUGUCCCUGUUUUAUGUGAGUGGUUAACCUUAAAAUUGUUUUUUACAGAAAAUAUCCAUAAUCAUGUUUGAGAACAUUAUUCACCAAGUGCUUAUGAUAAUACUGUCUUAUAUCAGAUGUGUAUUUAUAUUAUCUUUUUAGGAAGAAAAAGAAACACAAAGUCAUACAUUUUAUAGAUAAAUUGUAGCAAGGAGUUGAUGAAUAACAGACAGGUUUAUAAUACUUUAAGAAAAUUAAUGUUGAGAUGCAAAUAGUGGUGGUCUCUCUCUCUCUCUCUCUCUCUCUCUCUCUCUCUCUCUCUCUCUCUCUCUCUCUCUCUCUCUCUCUCUCUCUCUCUCUCUCUCUCUCUCUCUCUCUCUCUCUCUCUCUCUCUCUCUCUCUCUCUCUCUCUCUCUCUCUCUAACUAUAUACACAAACUGAGUGAAACUGUUUUGAAUUUUCCUUAGAAAUUAAACCUAAAAGCUGUGCUUAUUGGUAAUGUGCUGUUAACUUGGCUUGCUGUCUUAAGUUAUGGUUUUCUUUAAUUAUUUUCUGAAAACAUUUUUCCUUGAAAACUCUUGUUGCUACCUUUUUUUUCAGGUUUAAAUUUAACUACCUCACUCAGCAUAAAAGUGGGUUUUAGAUUUCAUUGUUGUUACUAUUGUUAUUUAAUGUUGUGCUGUUCAACUGAUCCACAUUCAGUGUGAACAGUGAGCGUCAGUUCCCUCUCCUGUAGAGGCUUAGAGGCCAAGAUGUGAGAGAGGAGAUGCCUAUGGGUGUGCACCUUGCCUUGGCUACUCCCCUUCACAGGGAAUAUAGCUUGGUACAUGGAAAGAUUGUUUUUAUUUGAAGUAACAAUCAUAAGAGAAAACUGAAAGAAGGCAGAGAUAUGUUGUUUUCUUCUCUGUAUUUUUCAUAGGAUUGUACAUCCUAGUGUUAGACAUCAUGCAUUGGAAAGGAAAGUUGUAUAAAAAGAAAAUAUGGAACAUGAUGCUAUACCUUUUUUUUUUUUGUUUCAUUUUUUUUCUUUUUUUAAGAAAUUACUUACAAUUGAUUUUUGUUCAUAAUUACCAUAUUAAAUGGGCAUUUAGGACCCAUUAGUUAAAUAUUAAAGCAUAAUGCCUCAGAAUUGUGAUAAAAUUAACUACUGUUGAAAUUGAAAAAAUUAUGCAUUUGUAACUCUAGAUAAAAUUUCUUAUGUAAAGUUGAUGUACAGUAUAUUGUAAUUGGAAGUAUGACUCAUAUUUUUUUAUUUGCUAAUAAUAGACUAAAUGCCACAUGA